AUGAGGCCGGCCACACUAUGGGAUUGGCUGACUGCCAUCUCGUUCGUGGUUGGUCUAGUCAGUUGCCAGUCAGAGGAGUACGAUCCCUACCAGGAAUUUAUCACCACUGAGAGCGAACGAGGCCUCUUUCCGAGCAUCUUCAAUCUGGCUACGAACUCACUUAUUAACGCUACCGCCACUUGCGGUUACCGUCGACGAGAGGAGUACUGUAAACUCGUCGAGCAUAGCGACUAUCAUUACAGGUGGUGGCAGUCACCAUCACUAGCUAACGGUUUGCAGUAUGAAAAAGUCAACAUCACCAUCGAUUUACGACAGGAAUAUCAAGUGGCGUAUGUGGUCGUGAAGAUGGGUAACACUCCUCGUCCAGGCACAUGGGUACUGGAGAAGUCACUGAAUGGUGUAAACUAUGAGCCAUGGCAAUACUAUGCCACUUCGGACGCGGAAUGCAUGCGUCAGUUCGGUGUGCCGGCCACCACCGGCGUGCCACGAUUCGAACGUGACGAUGAGGUUCACUGCACAAGUGAAUACUCGAAGAUCACCCCGUUAGAAGGCGGUGAGAUCCACACCUCGCUCGUCAAUGGUCGGCCUGGUGUAGAAAAACCAUCAGUGGAAUUGCAGAAGUUCACACGGGCCCGAUUUGUUCGAUUGCGUCUCAUCUCGCCACGUACCUUGAACGCUGAUCUGAUGAUUAUCAAUCAACAAACACAUAGAAUUGACAAAUCGGUAACAAUGAGGUAUUUCUAUUCGAUUUCCGACAUAUCUAUCGGUGGACAGUGUAUUUGCUAUGGUCAUGCCGAGAGCUGUCCAAGUGAUCCAGUAACAGGGCAAUUCAAAUGUGAAUGUCGUCACAACACCUGUGGCGAAUCGUGUAACAGAUGUUGUCCUCUUUUCAAUCAACUUCCGUGGAAGCCGGGCAUAAAUUCCCAUCCGAAUGCUUGCCAACAGUGCCAAUGCUUCAAUCAUGCGGAUUCAUGUGUGUACGACGAAGAAUUGGACAGGAACAAAUGGUCAAUAACUCCUGAAGGCGUAUACGAGGGUGGAGGAAGAUGUGCGGAUUGCAAGCACAACACUGAGGGAUUCAACUGUGAGCGCUGCAAGGAUGGUUUCUAUAGGCCAAGCGGUCUGUCACAUUACAGAGAGGAUGCAUGUCGAACUUGUGACUGUGACUUAACAGGAUCUAUCAGUGAUGUCUGCAUAAGAGACGAUCAAAGUGCGUUGUCAGGACAGCAUCCUGGUGAUUGCGUCUGCAAACCGGGUUUCGGCGGACGGCGCUGUGAGCGCUGUGCUCCAGGCUACCGUAACUAUCCCAAGUGUGAGCCGUGUCCAUGUAAUCAAUCCGGAUCUGUAAAUUUCGACACGUGCGAAGAAGAGAAUUGUCAAUGCAAAGCAAAUGUCGACGGUUUGUACUGCGAUCGUUGUCGUCCUGGUACCAUUCAUCUGAACGCUAACAAUCCACUGGGAUGUCAAGCGUGUUUCUGCUUCGGAAUGACUGACAAAUGCAAGGAAAUACCAUGGGUGACUGCAGCGAUUUCGAACAACGUCGGCUGGAAUCUGACCGAUCUAAGCGGUGAACGUAACGUACGUCCAGAGAUCGAGAAUCGCGAAGUGUUAAUGUUCAACGCGAAUCAGAACAAGGAUCAAUCGUUGUUCUACUGGAAGGCACCGGAUACAUUCACCGGCAACAUGUUAAAUAGCUAUGGUGGUAAACUUCAUUUUUACGUCUACUACGUACCAAUAGAGCAAGGCAACAGUGUCCCGGUAGCGGAUCUCGUCAUUGAGGGAAAUGGAAUCAAAGUCGAGUACUACACCAGAAUGGAUUUCUUUCCACGAGAGAACAUGACGGUUCAGAUUCCAAUUAGGGAAGGUGCUGGCUGGUUCAACUCGCUGACAAGGACUCCUGCUGAGAAAGCCGAUAUGAUGAGAGCUUUGGCUGGUGUAGAGAAAUUCCUCGUCCGUGCGAUGUAUCAACAGAAUCAACUACAAAGCAGCAUCUUCGGUUUAACGCUGGACACAGCAGUACCACCUCCAGAAGGGAAACCACUUGAAAAUUCCGAUGAGGAUGUGCUACAUCCAGUCGUUCCCGAUACUCGUAUGCGAGGCGUCGAAGUCUGCGAGUGCCCGGAGCACUUUGUUGGAAACAGUUGUGAGUCAUGUGCGGUUGGUUAUCGACGUGUGAACAAUCAACUGUAUGGUGGUCGUUGUGAGAAAUGCUCCUGUCAGGGACAUACCAACACAUGCGAUCCGUUCACUGGUGCCUGCACAAAUUGCCAGCACAAUACAACUGGAGCGCGUUGUGAGCUCUGUCUACCUGGGCACUAUGGGAAUCCAUCUCUUGGUGGCGAAUUGGGUUCAUGUCGACCUUGCGCUUGUCCGACGACCGAGAACAGUCGCUCAUCAGAAUGCGUUAUGACACAGUUAGUCGUUGCGGGACCAGCAGUUGCUCAAGAAGACGCUUACGUUUGUACAGCAUGUGAACGUGGCUAUGAAGGCAACAAAUGUGAAGUGUGUGCUGACGGUUUCUUUGGUAGUCCAAUGGAAGUGAACGGCACAUGCAAGGAAUGCGAUUGCAAUGACAAUAUCGACUUGAUGGCAAUUGGAAACUGUGACACGAAGACAGGAAGGUGCUUGAAAUGCAUUGGUUACACCACUGGAGAACACUGUGAGAUUUGCAAAGAUAACCAUUGGGGUUCGGCACUGGAGCACACUUGCAAACCUUGCGGUUGCCAUCACGUCGGCGCCAUAACAGCUCAGUGCAACAGUCUGAAUGGCGAAUGUACCUGUAAGGAGAACUACAUCGGAAGGCAGUGUGAUCGAUGCAAGGAUAACCACGGUGAUAUUGAGAAUGGUUGUCCACUUUGCGAAUGUAACGUAGUUGGCAGUAUUGGUGAACAGUGUGAUGCAGUUAGUGGACAGUGCACUUGCAAACAAGGCGUAUUCGGAAAGGUUUCUACUGAUUCGUUGAUCGAUCAAUCAUUUGAUCGACUGAUUGAUCGAUAA